AUGAGAAAAAUAGGAAAUCUUUCAUUUUUAAAUAAUAAAGAAAAUGUUUUUUUAAACAAUUCUUCUUUCGAGCGUCGUAUAAGUUCUAAAAAAAUUCUAGUAGAUGUUUCAAAUAAUGAAACAUCAUUUGAUGUGGGUGAAAUAUCGGAUGAAACACCAUUCGACGUGCACGAAACAUCGGAUGUCACUAGGGAUGGUAUCUUAAAAAAAGUCGAAUCAAUGAUAAAUAGGAUAAAUGAAAAGAAUAAUGACGAUUAUGAAAUCAAGAAAUUAAUAUCAAGGAAGAACAACAAAAAUCUUGAUAUAUUGUUAAGAAUACUUAACAUCUGUCACGAACUUAUUACGAAAGAAAUUAAAGUGACUAAACGCGGGAUUUACUACAGAGAUGUCGGGUUGUUUGGUUCUCAAAAUAGAGUUGACAGAGGAAAAGGCUAUCCUGAUUUUGCAACUCGGCAUUUAAUAAAACUGCUUAGUGACCUAAAAAGUGAAAUUCCUAUUUUAGGUUUUUUUGACAACGAUCCUUAUGGCAUUGAUAUUUUGAAUUUGUACAAAUAUGGUGCUCCAACAAAGUUAUUUGAGAACAAAAAUUGGGCAAUCUCACGUUUACAAUGGAUUGGUUUACACCAUAUUGAUAGAGAACAUAACAAUACUUCUGAAAAUUUAUUUAUUAAAUUAACAAGUAAUGAUAAAAAAAAAUCAAAAGAUUUAUUAAAAAAAGAAUAUUUACCAGAAACUUGGAGAAAUGAAAUACAAGAAAUCCUAAAUUCUAACAAAAAAUGUGAAAUAGAAUCAUUAUGUUAUGAUGAUAAUGAAAACUUACUAAAUUAUUUAAUAGCAAAAGUUGGAAUUAUUGAUGGAGGCAUUGAUUAUAAACACCCAGCAUUUGGUGGUUGUUUUAAAACAGCUGGAUGUAGGAUUCAAUUUGGUAAAGAUCUCAUAGGAAGUGGUAAUAGUGAAGAUCCUGUUGCUGAUGAUGACCCAUUUGAACCUUGUGAUGGUCAUGGAACUUACAUAAGUGGAAUUAUUGGCGCAAACGAUUCGACAACACAUUUUACAGGUGUUGCUCCUAAAGCAAUCCUUGGUGUUUAUAGAGUAACAGAUUGUUUUGGAGACACAGGAGAUGAUCUGAUCAUUAAAGCAAUGGAAUUGGCUGAGAAUGAUGGAAUGGACAUAAUAAAUAUGUCACUUGGAGUUUCAUUUGAUGGUUGGCCUGAAAAUCCAAGUGCUGUAGCCGCCUCUAACUUGGUAAAAAAAGGAUUUUAUGUAAUUACUGCUGCUCCUAAUGAUGGUUUUAGUGGACUUUUUAGUAGUGGAUCUCCCGACUCUGGAAAAGAUGUUAUAACCGUUGGUUCUGUAAAUAAUUUCAAAUUCAUUACAAAUUACUUGGUGCCAAGUACUCAACCAAAGAAAAAGAUUGCUUAUUUUACAAGACGUGUGGGAUUGAAAUUCGACCUUGAUGGUCCAUUAGAGAUUGUCCCAACCAGUGAUGCUAAAGAUCCAGUAGAUGAUGCUUGUAAUCCAAUUGCUAAAAAUCUUACUGGAAAAUUGGCAUUGAUAAGACGAGGUGGAUGUUUCUUUGACGAUAAAAUUACAAAUGCUCAAACGGCUGGUGCACUAGGUGCCAUCUUCUACUUCAAUGUAACAGGCCCUUUUAAACCAGCCAUUAGUUCAUCUAGUGUACCAAUUGCAAUAAUCUCCAAAAAUGACGGUGAAUAUCUAAUAAAACAAUUCCAACAUAGCAAAAAAAUCAGACGCAACCAAUAUUACUACAAUCACAAUCGACGAUUGAGAGUAACAUUCCCCAAUAAAACGGCUGUUUUCAAUGACAUAGAAGGUAAUAAUCCUGUUGAUACAAGUUCUUGGGGUCCCACUUUUGAAUUAGAUAUUAAGCCGGAAAUAAUGGCUCCCGGUGGUAAAAUAUUCAGCACGUUACCUGUGGAAUUUGGUUCCUAUGGAACUUUCUCUGGUACAUCUGCCGCUGCCGCUUAUACCUCAGGUCUUGUCGCUUUAUACUUGGAAAAUUUUAGAAAAAAUCCACACAACAAAAUCAAUAUUGAUCCACUCAUUUUAAAAAAUAUUCUGAUUUAUACUGCGGAACCAUAUAAAUCUUCAAAUGAUGGAAACCAUAAAAAUAAAAUCGUUCUGCCAGUCACCAAGCAAGGACUCAGAUUAAUUAAUCUUGAGAGACCGUUAAAUAACAAACUUUAUAUAACACCAGGAAAAUUAUCGCUGAAUGAUACAGUCAGAUUCACUGGUACAGCAACAAUUAGCUUGACAAAUUUCAGUCAUAAAACAAUGAAAAUCACAUUGGAUCAUUUACCAGCCGGAUCCGUUAGAGGUUUCUUCAAUGAUACUAUUGUUAAUACUGGAGAUAUGUUGAUCAAUAAAUUUUAUGCUAAAGUGACAUUUCAUAAAAAUACAAUCAAAUUACGUCCAAGAGAAACAAAAUCAAUCCAAAUAAGAAUCAAAGAGCCUUCACAAUUAUUGCCAAGCGAAUUUGGAUUAUAUUCAGGAUUCAUAAUCGUCAAUGAUGAAUGUAAUCAUGAAACUUACAGCGUACCCUAUCAGGGAUUAAAGGGAAAUUUGACUACAAUGAAUCUAAUUUCAAGUAAUCCUACGUCACCAUUCUUGUUAUCACCUGAUUUUGAUGAAUUAUGA